AUGCAACGUAUAUUACCGUCUAUCGCACCAAGUGCCAAGGAACGUAGUGAGAUCUAUAAAUUAUGUGUAGCUAAUAUUGAUGAUGCCCCUACAUGGAUAUCGGAGUGGUUCAUGUUAGCCUCCGACAUUACACGACACCCAACUUUUGAACAAAUAGGUCGAGAUAAUGUAUCUGAAUGGCUCUCUUGGGCCUUCUUUGGGUUACCUCUUGAAGAGGUUCUACAAGAGGAAAGCCUAUCAGAAGAACUCAAUUCAAUGAUUGAUCAUUUCCAAGAUGAAUUUCAUAUUGAUUUUGCACCAGGUUAUAAUGAGGACGUUGUUGCGUAUCGUAUCAAUUUAGACCCCGUUCAUGCCUAUCAUCGUCCAUUGGCCUUUUAUACACUCAUCAUGUUCCUUACAACUCUUUUCGGUUUCAUCUGUCAGUGGAUCUGGGGGUUUCGAAAAUUUGGACCCGAGACUCGUUCGAUGCUUUGGAAUAAUAUGGAUACCCCGACCUUGAGUGAUCAAAAGGUCUCAUAUUGGUUCCGUGAUGGAAACCGUAAAAAGAAACCUGUUGUGUUCAUUCAUGGGAUUGGAGCUGGACUUAUGUGUUAUAUCAGUUUCUUGAUCAAAUUGAUAACCUUAGAUGCCCCACUCUUUUUUAUUGAACUACCUUAUGUAUCUAUGCACUGCAUUGAAGAAGUACCGACCAUGCAGGAGACGAUUAAAGAUCUACAAGAGAUGUUAAUGAAACACGAAUUUUCGAAUGCUGUCUUUGUGGCUCAUUCAUUAGGUACAGCUGUUACCUCUUGGGUUGUUAAACACAUGCCACAACAAGUAGCUGUAAAGAUGCCUAAAAAUGUGAAAGUUUAUUUAAGUGAACUCGAUAAUAUUGUUAAUUCAAAGAGAGUCGAUCUCUACUUGAAUCAUCAUGGUUUAGAUGCCGUGGUAAUGAAAGGACUAGAUCAUGCCUCCCUUUUAUUUUAUCCUAAUUGGCAAAAUGAUAUACUAGCCACUAUUCAACGAUUUAUUAAUGAUGAAUAG